AUGGCGAGAGGAUCGUGGAGAAAACACAAGCAGCCCUCGCGAAGCACCGAUUUCAAUGGUGGGAACCAACGAUUUCAAGACUGGAACGACAAUAGAGGUAAGAACCAACCUCUGGUUCCGGCCACACUAGGGAAUGAUCCAGAAGGAGUAGGAGAACCAAGAGAUACUAGCCAUGGGCGGCAACAGUCACUUCCGCAAAACACCUUGCAGUCAACUGUUCGGGGUCUCGGUGGUGAAGUGUUGGAGCACGACGCUAGUACUGGAAGCACUGGAGGGAAUAGCGGCUCGUUGAAAGUCCCAAGGAAGCGAAAGAAUUUUAGAAAGCCAAAUCCUUUUUAUGCCAAGGAACGUCACAGCGAUGAUGCAGGCAUGGCACAGCAGUCAUCGACUACGGCUCCGUGUUUACCAGUGACUUCUGCGAAAACUCGCGAGGAGGGAGCUGAGUCCAUAGAGUCUAAGCCGAGCCUGACUACGGAGGUAGAAGCUUUGCCUGCACUUCAAGAGGAUGUGAAGAAGGACAAUUCUUCCUCCGCAACUGGAUAA